AUGAAUCACUCAAGCUCCAAGCGGGUACGCUUCGUCACAGACGACGACCCCGCCGCCAAUCGCGCUCCCCCUCGUCGUAUAAUUCGUGGUUACAGAGACGAUGACUUCGACCGUUACAGACGCGAACCUCUUGACUAUGAUGAGUUUGAGUUCAGAUCGCCACAUAUCGACCGCCGCCAGAGAUACGACUCCGAAGACGGCUAUAACCUCAUCGUCCAUGGUUCAGACCCCAACGGAAGAAGCAAGAGGAAGAUUGACGCACCUUAUACGCGGGAGGAGCUCCUUGAAGGUCUUGAGGCUCUUGAUCGAGCCCACAGAGACAAGGAACUAGAGAUUCAGAGACUUACACAGAACAGAAAGCGAGCCGCCGACACACAUGGAAGCCGCCAACCUUCGGCCAAGAAGCCACGCAUUUCCAAGGGCAGUCGUAGUGACAGACUCUGUCUGGAUUGUGGUAAUUACCACAGUACUCCCUGCUUCAUCCCCCGUUGCAGUCGUUGCGACACAAACCACCAUCGCAACGUGCCAUGUCUUGAAGCUAUGGAGCGAUUGAGAGAUCGUAUCAUGCGGUAUGCACCGCCAGAGUAUUCGCACUCCUCUGAACCGAAGUUCUGUAAGACGAUUUCACCAUCACCAGUCUUGCACGCCCACAAAAAGGUGCACAUGCCACCAUCUUCGCUGGACAUAGACAACCAGAAGGCGGAUCACUUGCAGAAGUCUUUCUCGACCUUGCGCACGCCUACAACAUUGCUCAUAUGUACUCCCCAGUCUCCACAGAAGAGGAAAAGCAGCCCCGCCAACAGGACCUGUCCUCUUUGUCGUGAAUGCGGCAGCUUUCACAGAUCGCCUUGCAAGUGGCUGGCUUGCGAAAAAUGUUCUUUCAAGCAUCACCCCGAAGUUUCUUGUGCAAUGGCUGAAGCUCGACUGGAGAGACGUCUGGAAGAAGAAGACGCAAAGCAAUCUCAGACAACCGUGGACGAAGAGAUCAAACAGCGUGAGCAACGCAUGAUUGACAUCAACAACCAAAUGGCCUCUUCGACUCUUCCUCUCAGACGCUCCUCCGCUCCCAGCCCUGGCCACGAGUCCGGUCCUGACACCGAGUCAAAGGCUAUCAGACUCAAGAAGAACACAAGAUUCUGUAGAGAUUGUGGUCGCUAUCUGAACAAGCCAUGCACUUGGCCUACCUGCAGAAGAUGCAAGCGAAAGCAUUUCAACCACAUCUCUUGCUCACAAGCACGCCGCGAACUGCAGAGUCGUCUUGCUACGUUUGAUCGUGGCUACGGUGUCUCCCUACAGAAAAGAGCCGUGUCUCCUCAGCAGGCGGAGCACGUCAUCGACAACAACCGAGUUCAUCCGUUUGCGCAUGUGAACACCAAGGCCACGCCCAAUUUCAACUUUGAACGGAACGGAACGCUUUCGUGGCCUCUCGAGUCAAGCAAUAUCUCCUAUUACGGGCCUCCUCCUCCAGAUGCCAGUGCCUACCCGGUUACGCCAUCGGCUCAAGAACAGCAGGAUUGCCAGCAGUACAACAUCCCGGCCCGCAACUCUCAUCACGCUCUUUCAACCUACACAAUCAAUACGGCAGAGUCUGGUCUACAACCUUCGACAAAGGACGCUCUGGAAAGAGGUUUGCCUCUUCCACCCGGUGUACAUGUUGCUUCGCCCAGCGUAGCUAUCCCAAGCUUAUCCAUCGCGCAAAGCGUCGAGGCUUUGAUCGCCGAGUCUGCUCAGGCUAUACAUGGCGGUAAUGCCAACGCCUCUGAACCUGACCGCGACACCCUUACACCUGUCGAUGGCGCCCAGAGUCCACCUUCGUACUUGGAGUACCUUCGUCGCAACGGCGCAGAGUAG